AGAGUACUCCGUACAAUCUCCAAUUUCCUCCAGCAAGGUCUUGAUACCACCCACUCUACCUCCACCAUUUUAAAUCUCCUCUCCAUCAGUUGCACAUUUGUAGCAAUUGAUUCUCCUUAAUACCCUUCGAAAUAUAGACGUCGGUCAAGAUGUUCAGAAACGCUCUUAAGCAGUCCAGCAGGACGGUGGGCGCAAUUUCUGCUUCCGGCAGAAUUGCCACGCGAACUGCUGUUCCAGCAACUUUCAACGCAGCAUCAAGAUCAGUUCGAAGCUACGCAUCAGAUGCUAAGGCAUCCCCCACCGAAGUCUCUUCUAUUCUUGAGCAAAGAAUUAGAGGUGUUCAAGAGGAGUCCGGUCUCGCCGAGACUGGACGUGUUUUGUCCGUUGGUGAUGGUAUCGCUCGUGUACAUGGUAUGAGCAAUGUCCAAGCAGAGGAACUUGUCGAGUUCGCAUCCGGUGUCAAGGGCAUGUGCAUGAACUUGGAAGCUGGCCAAGUCGGUGUUGUGCUUUUCGGUUCUGAUCGUUUGGUCAAGGAGGGCGAGACCGUCAAGCGUACUGGAGAGAUUGUCGAUGUUCCCGUCGGAAUGGAGAUGCUCGGCCGUGUCAUUGAUGCUCUCGGAAACCCAAUCGAUGGCAAGGGACCUAUCAAGACUACCGAGAGGCGCCGUGCGCAACUCAAGGCUCCUGGUAUUCUCCCACGUCAAUCCGUCAACCAGCCAGUCCAAACCGGUCUUAAGUCCGUCGACGCAAUGGUACCCAUUGGACGUGGUCAACGUGAGUUGAUCAUUGGUGACCGUCAAACCGGAAAGACUGCUGUUGCUCUCGAUGCCAUGCUUAACCAAAAGCGUUGGAACGAUGGAAACGAUGAGACCAAGAAGCUCUACUGUGUCUAUGUCGCCGUUGGACAAAAGAGAUCCACUGUUGCCCAAUUGGUCAAGACCCUCGAGGAGAACGACGCCAUGAAGUAUUGUAUUGUUGUUGCAGCUACUGCUUCUGAAGCUGCUCCUCUUCAAUAUAUUGCUCCUUUCACUGAAACAUAUCGUACUAUAAAAAGUACAAUGAAGUUGGAGUUCGCUCCUAACCUUUUCGAAACCCUCUCCGACCCUUCCCCCCCCUCUCUUUCUUUUUUUAAGUCUUUACCAAUCGUCCGUGGUCCUUUCUGGGCUGUUUAUGUCGUUUUGAUGGAGAAAGCGGGGUCCGCCCCAAAGUUAUAUGUGGGGAGUGGAACCUCCGUUGCCGGAGGGUAUAAGUCUCGUUGCGAGACAUAUCUGAGUGGUAAAACUGCUCGAAUGCCAAUUGGUGUUCGCCGUGCUUUGAAGCAUGGCUAUGCUAUAGCCAAGUUUGGCUGCCUUUGUUGGUGUUCGGUCCCUCCUUCCUCCCUCGUCCCACGGACCCGCUUACGAAUCAUUGCCCUAGAGGGUAUAUUUACUUGUUUGUUCUUCGCCUCUCGGCAUUACGCCAUGGACUGGAACUGGAUCGGCUUUAUGCCGUGGGCUCGCUCCGAGCUCCUUUGGGUGUCUUUAGGCACUCACUUACCCUUCUCCGAGAUGGUCCGGGGAGAAAUGGAGCUUAGCUCCGAAGAGCUAGAUGCUCUUGAAGAACGUCGGAUCGCGCGGCGAAACUUACGCCAGCUUAGCUGGUAUUAUAAGCAAGUUGAGACUGUUCCGGGCUAUCAUGCUCACCGAGCCAAUAUCAAGGCAAAGUGGUAUGAAAAGAAUCGUCUCAAAGGUCAGGCUCAACUUGCUGCAUCUCGUGAGAAAGCCAAGCGUGAAAAACGCUAUCGUUGCAAUCCUUGCGACCAAAACUUCCCCUCUCCCUCUGGUCUUGCCCGUCAUCGACGUGGUCGUUUACACCUGGAUAAGGUGAAUGGUGUCGAGCGAAUCAUCACCCCCAAGAUUCAUACUCAGAAUGCACGAUUCCAGCGUUACAUCGAUGACAAGCGUUUCUAUUGCGUAGUUCAUGAUCAUGCAUUUGGUUCCAAGCAGAGACUCCAGAAACAUCUAAACUCCAACCUCCACCGUACAUCCAUUGGCGAAUACUUCAGAGACAACGGAAAGCAUGCUAUGAUCGUUUUCGAUGAUCUCUCCAAGCAGGCUGUUGCUUAUCGACAAAUGUCUUUGCUCUUGCGCAGACCUCCGGGACGCGAAGCUUUUCCCGGCGACGUGUUCUAUUUACAUUCCCGACUUCUCGAGCGUGCCGCUAAGAUGAACGACAAACUUGGUGGUGGAUCCUUGACUGCUCUUCCCAUCAUUGAAACUCAAGGUGGUGAUGUAUCAGCUUAUAUUCCAACUAACGUCAUCUCUAUUACCGAUGGACAAAUUUUCUUGGAGGCCGAACUUUUCUAUAAGGGUAUUCGUCCAGCUAUCAACGUCGGUCUUUCUGUCUCCCGUGUCGGAUCUGCUGCCCAACUUAAGGCAAUGAAGCAAGUCGCUGGUUCCUUGAAGCUUUUCUUGGCUCAAUACCGUGAAGUUGCUGCUUUCGCACAAUUCGGUUCCGAUUUGGAUGCUGCUACCAAGCAAACUCUUAACCGUGGUGAAAGAUUGACUGAGCUCCUCAAGCAAAAGCAAUACUCUCCUAUGGCUGUUAACGAAAUGGUUCCUCUCAUCUACGCCGGUGUCAACGGUCAUCUUGACUCCGUCCCAGUCAACAAGAUUCUCCAAUGGGAGGCUGACUUCAUCUCACAUCUCAAGACCAACGAGUCAGACUUGUUGGCAACAAUUGAUAAGGAGGGUGCUCUCAGCAAGGACCUUGAGGCCAAGUUGAAGGACGUUGUCACCUCUUUCACCAAGAGCUUCGUCUAAAUCAAUAGCUAAAAUAAAAUCAUGGUCAUUUCCUCGUUAUUCUUUUGUCCCUUAGCAUGUGGGCCUGGGAGAGCUGUAUUUUGAACGUUGUGAUGAGGAAAGGAAAAAAUUUAGUUAUGGUGGUAUGGAAGGCAGGAUGAGUGAUGAAUGAUCGGCGGAAGAUUUGAUAGAUCAAAAUCAAAGCUGUAAAAUAGACCGUCAAUUUUUUCCGCGUGUUGUAUGAUUACAUGAUUCACUGUGUCAAUUUGCUGUUUGCAAAAGUAUGUCACUAAUGGUGACUCGCGACUAGGAGAAGCAGAAUCCUAGCAUCGAGUUUUCAAUUAUUCGCUACGUUUCGAUACAUUUAUCGUUCUAGUGCAAUUCACCGUUCCAAUUGAUUUCAAAUUCGAUCUGACAGUCAGAUUCAUGCUUGCAAUGUCCAAAUGCGAACCCGAUAAUCAGAUAUCCUUCAGAAUUUUGUGUUUUCGAAAUUUCCCAAUUUGCGAGUGCAGAAACCUGCCGUAUUCGGCAAGCUUCUCCGAAUUGUGAUAAAAUAUAUUCCACGGCUUCAUGUUCAGACCCUGCAUAAAUUGAAGCCAUUGAUGUCAUGUCA